CGGGAGCUGUAGUUCUCCGUGUCCUGCUGGUGCAGCAUUCUGGGAUUUGUAGGCGCUCCUGGGCCACGCUUUCCCUGCACAAAGCUCGGCCCCCGCGGGCACGAUGGGCACGGCGGGCCAGGUGGGCAGGCCUUUUGGGGAAGGGACACCUGAGGCCGCCCCUAGCCUCGCAGGGCAGCUUCCCGCCGCACGUGGGUUUCCCCUGCAAACUUUCCCAUCCAACGCCCCUCCCCCCUGCCGUAAACCGAAAGCGUCGGGUCCCCCAGCCGGGUGGGUGGCCCGAGGUCCGCAGGCCUCCCCAGAAGCCACUUUGCAAGCUUUGGUCCUAGGUUGCUCUAAACCCAAAGGGUGAUGGAUUCAAGGACCACACACAGCCAAACCACCCCGCACACUUCUUAAAAUGCACAUGCCUGGAACUCUGAUCGCUGGGGCCCGGACAUCUGCAUUUUGAACGACCCCCUGGGCGGGGUGUGGGGGAGGUGGGCGUUCUGCGGCGUGCGCAAGUUUGGGACCUGCGGCCCCUUUCCUGCCGCGCUGCUCCAGGAGCGAAAUGGCUCCCCAGGGCUGGAGCCACGUGCUCUGCCGCCGGAGGCAGUCUGGGCGGGGAUUGAGGGAGGAGGAGCCCGCCGGUGUGGCACAGGCUGGUGGACACUAGCGCCUGCAGAAUCCGGCCUGGAGGGAAGGUUGCUGCACACGUGUAGACACUCCUGCCCAACCCUCUGCCCCAGGGGUCCCCACCUUAAGGCUACUCUGAAGUUUCCAGUCAAUACAUAGACUUGGGCCAGUUGAUGGAUUUGGCAGCUGGCAGGGAUGCCCCGAGGGCUGGCCCUUGCACGAGACCCACCUGGAGGGCCCAGUAAUAAUAAGUAAAAAAACUUCUUGAGCUCUUUUUGUGUUCUAGGUACUCACUUUGCUAGAAUUUUCUCAUUGAGUUGUCAUACUCUUUCUAUGAGUCAAAAGUGUCUUUUGAUUCCUAGUAAAGAGGAGGACACAGAGACUGGAGAAGGGACCACUGCAGCAAGUGGUGGAGCUGGAACUUGAACCCUUGUCCUGGGGUUGCAUGCUUUUGCAGGGCAGGGCUGGGCAGCGCGCGGAGGUACAGUUGAGCUGCUGUGCCUACUGGAGAGGACAUUGUGGGCCUGAUCCUGGGCAGGGUUGGGGGGCCCUGUGGCUGCCAUGCCUGGGCCUUGGGUGAGUCCUCUCAGGGUCCCCUAAGACUCUGGCUUCAAUUUAUCCCUGCCCCAAGCCUUCCUUUGGAGGGUACCAGCAGUCCCCCAGGGUAGCUGGAUCUUGGUAGGCCAAGGGCUUGAAGGUGUAGGGCCUUCGUCCAGGGUUGGGCAUGGCAACGUCCAUUGCAAGACAGUUGUCAGCUGUGCAUUAGGCAUGGAGUUGGGGGUCCCUGGAUUUGUUUACCUUCAGUAGGGUUGCAGGGUGAGGUGGGAAGCCUGUCCGGGAUCAAAUGGGUUCAUUAGGCAGGACCUUCUGGCCACAUGCAUUUGCUUCUCUGGGUCAUCUCAGGCUGGUGGGCUUUGCUCCAUCCCUCAGUGACCAGCAGGGAUCUCCCUGUCUUUCUGUCUCCCAGGCCUGCCAGAGGGGAUUGUAGGGCACGGUGCUGCACACACAAGCUGCAGGUUUUGGACCUGUCGCCUAAUGGUUCUCAGUCUCUGGAAAACAGAGCACCUGUGAGAAAAUUAGCUCCUUGCCAACAUUCCAUUAACCCCCGAGACUCAGCGGGACCAGGAGCGGCGGAUUCGGCGGGAGAUUGCCAACAGCAACGAGCGGAGGCGCAUGCAGAGCAUCAACGCGGGAUUCCAGUCCCUCAAGACCCUCAUCCCCCACACAGAUGGAGAGAAGCUCAGCAAGGCAGCCAUUCUCCAGCAGACAGCCGAGUACAUCUUCUCCCUGGAGCAGGAGAAGACCAGGCUCUUGCAGCAGAACACACAGCUCAAGCGCUUCAUCCAGGAGCUGAGCGGCUCGUCCCCCAAGCGACGGCGGGCAGAGGACAAGGACGAAGGCAUAGGCUCCCCGGACAUCUGGGAGGACGAGAAGGCGGAGGACCUGCGGCGGGAGAUGAUUGAGCUGCGGCAGCAGCUGGACAAGGAGCGCUCGGUGCGCAUGAUGCUGGAGGAGCAGGUGCGCUCACUGGAGGCCCACAUGUACCCGGAAAAGCUCAAGGUGAUCGCGCAGCAGGUGCAGCUGCAGCAGCAGCAGGAACAGGUUAGGCUGCUGCACCAGGAGAAGCUGGAGCGGGAACAGCAGCACCUGCGGACCCAGCUUCUGCCCCCUCCGGCCCCCACCCACCACCCCACGGUGAUCGUGCCAGCACCGCCUCCUCCUCCCUCCCACCACAUCAACGUCGUCACCAUGGGCCCCUCCUCGGUCAUCAACUCUGUUUCCACAUCCCGGCAAAAUCUGGACACCAUCGUGCAGGCAAUCCAGCACAUCGAGGGCACCCAGGAAAAGCAGGAGCUGGAGGAGGAACAGCGGCGAGCUGUCAUCGUGAAGCCCGUCCGCAGCUGCCCGGAGGCCCCCACCUCUGACACCGCCUCCGACUCCGAGGCCUCAGACAGCGACGCCAUGGACCAGAGUCGGGAGGAGCCGUCGGGGGAUGGGGAGCUUCCCUGACUACCCCCCCAGCCCUCCUCUCCCUUCUGGGGGCUGGAGGGAGCCGGGGCAGCCACAGGGAGAGACGUGGGCGAAUGAGUGAGAAAUUUUUACAAAAUUACGACGUCAUUUGGGUCUCUUUUAUGACCUCUUUUUCAAUACUGUAAAUCGACCUUUGAACGAAGCCACUCAACCCGAGGUCCCGGGGCUGGGAUGUCGCAGAGCGUGUGAGAGCAUCGGGACCCGGGCUGGGCCUCGGCCCCGGGGGCUGGGGGAAGCUGACACGGAGAUGCCUGGCCUCUCUCUGCCAAAAAGCAUUUUUUCCUUUAAAUAUGUUUUUUAAGAACAGGGAAAAUUAAACAAAACCCCAGGUUAUUUGUUCCCUGCCCAGAGCCGGCCUGGGAUUGUCAGCCUUCAAUCCCCUUUCCCUUCUCUUUUUGGGUUUUCUUCUUUCUCCUUUAAGCACUUACAUGAUUGGGGGUCAGACUAGGCUGGGGCGUUCUGGGGGCCCAGAGGUCUCCGUUGCUUCUCGGUUGGGGUUUGCUGCUGCUGUGCCCCCCUCCCCCUUCCCCAUCUUGGCACUAGAAUACGCCACGCUCCCACCCCCCAGCCCCCACCUCUGCCUCCAGGUCUCAUCUUCCACCCCAAAAAUGUCUGUCUCUCUCUUUUUGUUUUGUUUGUUGUUGGUUUUUUUAUUUUUUUUGGUUUGCUUUGUUUUUUUUUUUUUUUUUUUACAAUUUUGAGGUCUUCGUGUUCAAGGAGAAGCUAUUAUAUUUUGUUAAGAAAGUGGGGAGAAAAAAACCAAGAGGCCACUGUGCCUUUGUAAAGAAACAAAAUAAAGUUUGUACUUUGUUUUUUA